CGGACCCCAGAGCCUCCUCGGCAUCCUCACCCCACAUUCACCCUGCCCGGGUCCGGCCCCCUCCUCCUCCCGACAACCCCGUUCUCGCUCCUGAGCCCCGCCCCCACCGGCUCCAGCCUCAGCUGGACCCUUUUCUUCUCCUCAGCCCACCCUUGUCGCUCUCUAGCCCCCCACUCCCAUCAGCCUGAGCCUCUCCCCCGGCCUCUCCAGCCACUCCCCUAGCACCCCACCCCAAGGACCGCGCGGAUCCUUGGGUCCUCUCCAUCUUCUUGUCCGCCUCCCCCUCCCCCAUCGUCUCCGGCGCCCACCAUUCUGCUCCCGCUCAUUCAUCCAUUCAUUGCCUCAUUGCCUUGCUUCACAGACACGCACUGAGCCCUGCUCCGUGCUCCAGGCACAGGGAGAGGCAGAUCCCAUCCUGCCUUGGGGAGCUUCCUGGGCCCAAGGGGGACACGCCCUGAGGGUGAGACCCAGGCAAGGACUCUGGGUGGCAGAGCAGGGAGAAGCUGGAGCCCAGCGUGGUGCGUCCCCAUCUGGCAGCUGGUUAAUUUAUUGUCGGAUUUGACCCAGCCCCUGCCGUGUGACUGGGUUAGCCCUGGGCACUGGGGGCCCAGAGGAAUCCAGCACCAACUCUGUGCCCAGCUCUGCGCUGGGCGUGCUGGGGUCUCAGCCUGGGGCCUUGCUUCUGGGGCCGUCAAAGUCCGGGGCUCAGAGGGACUUGUCACCAGACAGGGGCAUCUCAGAGCGUUCACGGCUGUGACGGGGCAAGCUCAGGCGGUCAUGCAGCUUGGGAGGGAGGACCCUCGGGAUGGCGAGGGGCCACAAGAGUGCAGCCUUGGGUGCCAGGGAGAACUUCCUGGGAGUGGACGCAGGAGUUGACAAUCAAGGGACACAAGGAGGUGUGACCCUCGCGAAAGGGCGAGAACGAGUGUUCUGGAGCACACAGCGCACAGCCUUCCUGACGCUCUAGAAGGAAGUGAGACGGUGCUGCUUUUGCUGGACUCUUGGAAGUUCAAGAGCUCUGAGAGAGAGGGCAAUGGGAGAGAAAGGGCUGGAGAGGUGAACGGAAACCAGCUUGGGGAAGGCUUGACUGUCAGACCAGAGACCGCAGACUUCAAGCCCAGGACAACAGGGAGCCAGUGGAGGUGCAGGACCUCUAGAGAGACGGGGCCGUAUCUGUGUUCUGUGCACUUGGGAAGACACAGGGAGACGGAGGAGCUGUGAGCUGUGACUGUGCAGCGCAGUCGGAGGGGACCGUACCCUGCUGGGACUUCAGAAAGGUUUCAAUGGGGAGAGAUGGGAACAGCAAACUCUUUGCAGUGGUCUGCCUCACUCCUGUCCCCUGCCCCGGACCACACAUGAAGCAGCAGGCCUGCCCUCCAGCCAUCACCUCCGCCGAGCCACCCCGUGUCCAGGACAGUGUGUGGGGCAGCCCUGGCCUCUGGCCCAGGCUGGCGAAUGACAAUGCUCCUGUUGUCCCUCUGCGCCCACCUCUGGCAGCCUCUGAUUCUGCUCUGUCUUGUCCUCAGGCUCGCAGCACCGACAGCCUGGAUGGCCCAGGAGAGGGUUCAGUGCAGCCCCUGCCGGCCCCCGGGGGCCCCAGUGUGAAGGGGAAGCCUGGGAAGAGGCUCUCAGCUCCGCGAGGCCCCUUCCCGCGGCUGGCUGACUGCGCCCACUUCCACUAUGAGAACGUUGACUUUGGCCACAUCCAGCUCCUGCUGUCCCCAGAGCGAGAAGGCCCCACCCUCUCCGGAGAGAACGAGCUGGUGUUCGGGGUGCAGGUGACCUGUCAGGGCCGAUCCUGGCCAGUCCUCCGCAGUUACGAUGACUUCCGCUCCCUGGAUGCCCACCUCCAUCGGUGCAUAUUUGACCGGAGGUUCUCCUGCCUGCCAGAGCUUCCCCCACCUCCAGAGGGUGCCAGAGCUGCCCAGAUGCUGGUGCCACUGCUGCUGCAGUACCUGGAGACCCUGUCAGGACUGGUGGACAGCAACCUCAACUGCGGGCCUGUGCUCACCUGGAUGGAGCUGGACAAUCAUGGCCGACGACUGCUGCUCAGCGAGGAGGCCUCCCUCAACAUCCCUGCGGUAGCUGCCGCCCACGUGGUCAAACGGUACACGGCGCAGGCGCCCGACGAGCUGUCCUUCGAGGUGGGAGACAUUGUCUCUGUGAUCGACAUGCCACCCACGGAGGAUCGGAGCUGGUGGCGGGGCAAGCGAGGCUUCCAGGUCGGUUUCUUCCCCAGUGAAUGUGUGGAACUCUUCACCGAGCGGCCAGGUCCCGGCCUAAAGGCAGAUGCUGACGGCCCCCUGUGCAGCAUCCCAGCUCCCCAGGGUCUCUCCUCUCUGACUUCAGCUGUGCCCCGGCCGCGUGGGAAGCUGGCUGGGCUGCUCCGCACCUUCAUGCGCUCGCGCCCUUCUCGGCAGCGGCUGCGGCAGAGGGGAAUCCUGCGGCAGAGGGUGUUUGGCUGUGACCUUGGGGAGCACCUCAGCAACUCAGGCCAGGACGUGCCCCAGGUGCUGCGCUGCUGCUCAGAGUUUAUUGAGGCCCACGGGGUGGUGGACGGCAUCUACCGGCUCUCAGGCGUCUCCUCCAACAUCCAGAGGCUGCGGCACGAGUUUGACAGUGAGAGAAUACCUGAAUUGUCUGGCCCAGCCUUCCUGCAGGACAUCCACAGCGUGUCCUCCCUCUGCAAGCUCUACUUCCGAGAGCUGCCGAACCCCUUGCUCACCUACCAGCUCUAUGGGAAGUUCAGUGAGGCCAUGUCAGUGCCUGGCGAGGAGGAACGCCUGGUGAGGGUCCACGAUGUCAUCCAGCAGCUGCCCCCGCCACACUACAGGACCCUGGAGUACCUGCUGAGGCACUUGGCCCGCAUGGCGAAACACAGUGCCAACACCAGCAUGCAUGCCCGCAACCUGGCCAUCGUCUGGGCCCCCAACCUGCUACGGUCCAUGGAGCUGGAGUCAGUGGGGCUGGGUGGGGCUGCCGCCUUCCGGGAGGUUCGGGUGCAGUCGGUGGUGGUGGAAUUCCUGCUCACCCACGUGGACGUCCUGUUCAGUGACACCUUCACCUCCGCUGGCCUUGGCCCUGCAGGCCGCUGCCUCCUCCCCAGGCCCAAGUCCCUUGCGGGCAGCGGCCCCUCCACUCGCCUGCUGACGCUGGAGGAAGCCCAGGCUCGCACCCAGGGCCGGCUGGGGACACCCACUGAGCCUACCACUCCCAAAGCCCCAGCCUCCCCUGUGGAAAGGAGGAAAGGGGAGAGAGGCGAGAAACAGCGGAAGCCAGGAGGUAGCAGCUGGAAGACAUUCUUUGCACUGGGCCGGGGUCCCAACGUCCACCGCAAGAAGCCCCUGCCCUGGCUUGGGGGCUCUCGUGCCCCAGCGCAGCCCUCAGGCAGUGGACCAGACACGGUCACGCUGAGAUCCGCCAAGAGUGAGGAGUCGCUGUCAUCCCAGGCCAGCGGGGCUGGCCUCCAGCGGCUACACCGGCUGCGGCGGCCGCACUCCAGCAGCGACGCUUUCCCGGUGGGCCCGGCGCCUGCCGGCUCAUGCGAGAGCCUGUCCUCGCCCUCCUCGUCCUCGUCCUCCUCGUCCUCAGCCUCUGUGUCGUCGGCAGCUGCGCUGGGGGCGCUCUCUGGCUCCCCCUCGCACCGCACCUCAGCCUGGCUGGAUGAUGGAGACGAGCUGGACUUCAGCCCCCCUCGCUGCCUGGAGGGGCUCCGCGGGCUUGACUUCGACCCCCUCACGUUUCGCUGCAGCAGCCCCACCCCGGGGGAUCCUGCACCUCCUGCCAGCCCCGCCCCCCCAGCCCCUGCCUCCGCCUUCCCGCCCAGGGCGACCCCUCAGGCCCUCUCACCCCGUGGGCCCACCAGCCCGGCUUCACCCACUGCCCUGGACAUCUCAGAGCCCCUGGCUGUGUCAGUGCCACCCGCUGUGCUAGAACUGCUGGGGGCUGGGGGCACGCCUGUCUCCGUCACCCCAACACCAGCUCUCAGCCCUGGCCCAGGCCCACGGCCCCAUCUCAUCCCGCUGCUGCUGCGUGGAGCCGAGGCCCAGCUGAGCGAAACCUGCCAGCAGGAGGUCUGCAGCAAGCUGUCGCUACCCGGGGCCCGGGGACCCCAGGGCCAGCACGGUCCUGGGGCGGACUCACCGCUGCUGCCCCCACCCUUGUCCCUCCUGCGGCCUGGAGGGGCCCCACCCCCACCCCCCAAGAAUCCAGCACGCCUCAUGGCCCUGGCCCUGGCUGAGCGGGCACAGCAGGUGGCCGAGCGGCAGAGCCAGCAGGAGCGCGAGGGCACCCCACCUGCUCCUCGUUCCCCUUUCCGCCGCUCACUGUCCCUGGAGGUGGGUGGGGAGCCCCUGGGGACCACAGGGAGUGGGCCAAUCCCCCACUCCUUAGGCCACCCUGGAGCCUGGGCCCCAGCACCCCCACCCUACCUACCAAGGCAACAAAGCGAUGGAAGCCUGGUGAGGAACCCGCGGCCCAUGGGGACCUCAAGGAGGGGGCUCAGAGGCCCUGCCCAGGUGCCUACUCCUGGCUUCUUCUCCCCAGCCCCCCGGGAGUGCCUGCCACCCUUCCUCGGGGUCCCCAAACCAGGCCUGCACUCCCUGGGCCCCCCGUCCUUCCAGCCCAGCUCCCCAGCCCCAGCCUGGAGGAGCUCUCGGGGCCCCCCGGCAUCACUGGACAGGGGAGAGAACCUCUACUAUGAGAUUGGGGCAGCUGAGGGGUCUCCCUACUCCGGCCCCACCCGGUCCUGGAGUCCCUUUCGCUCCAUGCCCCCUGAUGGGCUCAGUGCCUCCUACGGCAUGCUUGGCCAGUCACCACCCCUGCACAGGUCCCCCGACUUCUUGCUCAGCUACCCCCCGCCCCCCUCCUGCUUUCCCCCAGACCACCUUGGCUGCUCAGCCCCGCAGCACCCCGCCCGGCGCCCCACCCGGCCUGAGCCCCUCUAUGUCAACCUAGCCCUGGGGCCCAGGGGUCCCUCACCCACCUCCUCUGGCUCCUCCUCUUCCCCUCCUGCCCAUCCCCGAAGCCGCUCAGAUCCCGGCCCCCCAGCCCCCCGCCUCCCUCAGAAACAGAGGGCACCCUGGGGCCCCCGCACCCCUCAUAGGGUGCCUGGGCCCUGGGGCCCACCCGAGCCUCUCCUGCUUUACAGGGCAGGCCCUCCAGCCUACGGGAGGGGGGGUGAGCACCCUGGAGGGUCUUUGUACAGAAAUGGGGGGCAAAGAGGAGAGGGGGCUGGUCCCCCACCUCCCUACCCAACUCCCAGCUGGUCCCUCCACUCUGAAGGCCAGACCCGGAGCUACUGCUGAGCUGAAGCCAGGAGGGCCUUCCUCUCCCCCCUUCCCCUGUGGGAUCCCCCAGCCAGUCCCUUGUUUUGUAUUUUUCUUGAGCCCUGAUCCAUACCCCAGGUUUCUAACUUUGUAACUUGCUUCUGAUGUGGGUCCCUAACCUAUAAUUGUAGAGUCCCUACCCUGGGCUGAAGGGCACGCCCAUCCUCCCACCACCCUCCAUCCUGGGGGCCCUCGCACAAACCCGGGGGAGGCUAGGCUGACGCCCCGCCCCCUCUCCCUCCCAGGAGCCCCCAGCAUGUCCUGACCUGUGCACAGGGGAUGGGGGGAGCUCCUGCCCAUCUCCCCCACACGUCCCACUAAACCAUCUGACAAGCUUAAUAAAACGGUGGA